AUGGAGGUAAUGGCAGAUGACCCACCACAAAGCCAUGACCAGAACGGAAAUGCAAAGAAACACGUUUUAACAGUGCAUACAUUAUCUUUAAAAGAGCUGGCUAAUCAGACAGAGAUCACAUAUAAUGAUAUCUAUAACCACGAUGAUGCGCUGUUUGGAGAGUCUGAAUCUGGAACUGAAUCUCAUACAGAGAGCAAAUCUUUGGAGAAAUCACCAUGCAAGGUGCAACAGGGUGCUGUUUUCUCUGGAAAAAUCCUCAGUUUUUGCUGCUCUGAAUGCAAAGGUGAUGUCACUUACAGCCCAAAUGACUUGCUGAAACAUUUCCAGGGAGUACAUAAGGGUACACUUCCAACCUAUCCGUGUGAUCUUUGUACCUUUGUCACCAAUGAAUUCUCUUCUCUUCAGCGGCAUCGCAUCGGGCAUCGGGACACUUUCGUCACUUGUGAAAUCUGCAACGAUGGAGUCCAGUACACUCUACUGUUGCUUACCAGGCAUUUUAUUAUGUGCCAUAGCUGCAAUGGACUUUUUCGCUGUAAGAAAUGUGACUUUUCAACCAGAGACGCAGGCACCUUUGUUCAGCACAUUCAUCAUCACAAUGAGGACAGCCAAAAACAUGUUAAGUGUCCAUCCAUGAGUCCUACACAGGGGAAAGUUUACAGCGGGAAAGCCCACUCUGGGACUUUUCCUUUCACUUGCCAAUUCUGUGGCUUUGGUGCUUCUUGGAAGGAGUAUCUUAAUAAACAUAUGUCUGUGGCUCAUGCUGAUGAAGUUGAUAAAACAAACCGAUGGAGGACAAUAGAUGAUGGUUCUAAAGUCAAUUCUCCUGGACUGAAGCUGCUGCUUAAAAAGAGUCCUCCUCCUGGAGGAUCCAGAGAACCACAGUGGAUAUCACAGCUGAAUUCCCUUCCCGGAGUAGGUCUGCUUGACCACAAUGGACGGCUCUUAAAUCCAGAGAAAACGUUAGAGGAAACGCAGCAAUUUCUUGAAAGAGCUGUUGGAGUAAAGAAAGAGAGUAAUAAAUGGAGUAAAGGAAUACUCAAAGGUGAACAGCAGAGCUCAUAUCCUGUCACAUCUACAACAGCACAGCCAAAGAUGCAGGAAAAUGAACUCACUCUUGGAUCUGGAAUUUUAGACUCGAGCAACAGCAAUGGACUGACUGUUCUCAUGGUCAAAAAUAAAAUCUCCAUUCCUCCCAACUGUACUACAAAGGUCAUGGGCUUUAAGAUGGUAGACGGUAAAAAGCAUUUAGUUUUAAAAGUCAUACCAACAAAACAGGAACCUGAUACCAAAAUUGAAGAGAAUGAAAAGACUACCAGCUCUCCCAGUGCCUCGAUGUCCUGUAGAUCAGGAUGUGUUCUUGGUUCAGAAUUUGAGAAAAAGAAAGAUUUGUCUGAUUUAAUAAAAGUAGAGGCACACGACAGCGAAAAUAACAAUUCGGAUGGGUCACAAUUGGUAGAUGAGCAUAAAGCAAAGCAGGUUUGUGAAAAAGUUCAUGAGCCAUCAGCCUCGCAUUGUGUAGACUUGGUUUCUUGUAUGAACAAAGAGGCACCAUUUUCCAAGAACCAGACAAAUGAUUUAGAAAAAAAACCAUCACCUGUUCAUGAGCUUUCUUUUUCUCAUUCAAUUGCUGAUCAGUCCUCAAAUUCAACUGCCGAGGAUUUAAGUGUGGAGGAAGUAUCUCAGUUGGAAUCAACUGUGCAUGGACCCACAAUAGUUUCCAACCUAAUUACAGUAUCUGCAAGUGAAGCCCCAAUGUGUUCUCUGACUUCUGAUUGCAUUGAAAAUGAUGUCACAGCUGCCACAGUUGAUCCAUGUGAGAUAAAUAGAGAGCAGACCUCACCCAGAAUUUCUAUUAAUUUAACCAUUGAGAAACAACAGCGCUUAGGUCUUAAUGAAAGUGAGUCUUUACCAUCUGAAAAUGCAGCAACUGUAAAUACUUGCCCUGUGGAUGGUAAGUCUCUACAGACUAAUUCAGCUAAUGACCUUACCUUAAGUACUGAUUUAUCUCCAAGAAAGGAAUUAACAGAACGAAAACAAGCUUCAGACAACACAAGUAUGGACAGCCAGAACGCCAAUAUUACUUCAAAUGGGGAAACGUUCCAAGACACAACUCCACAAAAUAAACCAAAUGCAGCUGAUUUGUUCACUGGCAAAGACGGUAGUACAGAAGUUGAAGCGGUACUGCAAAAUUCCCCAAAUCAGGAGGUUUUUAGUUUUCACAAUUACUCUAAAGAGACUUUUGGCAGUCCCCCUGAUUUACUGGAUGUCGAUCAGUCUCCCGGAGAUAUAGAGGGGGACGAAUAUGAAGAAAAUUUUGAAGAACUCAAGCUGGAUGCUGACUGGAGCUUAACACUACCUGCAUCCCCACCCAUUGGAGCUGAACAGUCUGAGGAAUGCCUUGAAAGUGGAAGUGCCAGUGAUAACGAUCAGGCUUCUUUAAGUCUCCAAACAUCAUUUGAAAGGGUUUCAGAUAGUGAUAUAGAGGUUGAUGAGUGCAUAGCUACUGUUGAUGAGUUUCCUAUUGAACAGACAGAGAAAAGAGAUGGCUUCUCAGAACCAGAAAGAAAAGCAGAAAACGCUGGGUCAUCUGCACUUGAAAAGGGGACUGCAAAUUUAAGCAAUGCUGCUGUUUUGGGCAAGAUACUUGAAAAGCACUCUGAUGCUAUAAUCAGCCAGCAGCUCGAAAAAGACAGGAUGGUAUCCACAGCUACACCACAGGAUACUAACAGACCUACUAAAACAACACUUCGAAUUGUCCAGAUGCCUGAGGGAAAACGGCAGAUGUUCCUUCAGACUGCGGAGACUCCAUAUGCCGUCCCAGUCCAGCUUACAAGUGGUCCAGGCUUCAAGCUCAUUACAAAGUCUUGUGCUUCUCAAGUUAAUGUGUCAUACAUGAAGUCAGGAAUUGAAAGGUCUUGCAAAGGUACAGGUUUAUCUCUGACAUUAAAUGGUGGUAGAAUUGGAAUGUCAGCACAAGGAUUAGGAGAAAAGGCCAAAGGUCAGGCAUCAGUUUUGCAAACUGCGAACAACAGUGGGGGCCACUACAUUGUCAGUGCUUCUGCCCUGAAAAGGCCCCUGCUCUUAUCAAGUCCUGUGAAGUCAUCCUCUGGAGAACAAAGGAUAAACACACAACAAACUUGUUAUUUGGUUCACCAACCACUUCCUGUUGCUCCAGUAAGUUCUGAGUCCACUGAUUCCACCCCUAAGACUGUACUAGCCACACGCUCAGUAUUGACUUUACCAGUAAACUCAGCUGAUAAAGCAGCUCCUUUGCAAACUGGGCGACAGGCAUACCUAGUUAGAUAUAUCUCUCAAGCCAAGUCAGGCUUACUGGUUAAUAACACGAGUGAAAAGAACGCAGGUCAGGGCAGCCAGGCAAAUACAGCUGGAAAAAACAGGUUUUUAGUUGUAAGAGGUCCAAAUGGAACCAGGUUUCUCACCACUGCCCCAUACACAUCAGCCAAGAAGCCUAUUUAUGUGGCCGCAAAAUCUCUGCAGUCACCUUACAUUCUUAUGUCUUCAGAUAACUCGAUUACAAAAUGUUCAGCUGGACUGAAUACCUCCAAUGCUUCUCACAGCCCCUCUUAUAAACUAAUCUCAGCAAAGCUUAAGGACGUUUUAUCUAAAACAGACAUUAACAAUAAGCAAGCUGAGGAAAGCUCAGAAUUCCAGUCCACGCUGAUGCCCAUAAAUGCUUGUUCACAGAGCCUCCGGAGGAGAAAGAGAUCACUACUCGAGGGCUCUUUUGAGACUCAUUACAAAACAAGAAGAGUAUCAAGCAUGUCAUCUGCACAAAAAGAGCCCGUCUCACCGUGGAAGCCAGUGGCAAAAGAUGCUAAAAGAACACUCAGGCUUACUCCAUUCAGACCAUUUCAGCAGAUCAAAUGUCCUCGUCAAAACCAGCCGGUUGUGGUGCUGAACCACCCUGAUGCUGACAUCCCUGAGGUGGCAAACAUUAUGAAGUCCAUUAAAAGGUACAACGGUGAAGUCGUUAAAGUGGCAUUGUCGCAGAGUACAGUCAGCGCUCUUUCUAAAUGGAGUCUUACUGGUCCAGAUGGUCGACUGUCAAAGAAUGCUUCCUGUGUUACAGAAGUUUUACCACGUACUGGGAACAACGUUAAAGAGCGAUUUAUCCUAAAACUGAAGUUCAAAAAGAAAAAUAGGCGCAAAUAUGAGGUUGUAAAGUUGUCAUCCAACACAGGUUCAGAUCGGAGUUCAAUGUUUAGGUGCUGGUUUUGUGGUCGAGCAUUUAACAAUCAAGAGGAGUGGAUCGGUCAUGGACAGAGGCAUCUCAUGGAGGCAACAAGAGACUGGAAUAAGGUGUUUUAAUG